ACUUCAUCUCAACUAUUUCGCCACUCACGCUCUGUGACUAUAUCUCGCAGCUACAAGGUAAUUGUGUUUCAAUAGCCGAUGACAGUAGCUCGCAGUUCGAUUGCGACCACAUGAUAUAUUGUUAGCGAAGUAUUGUGUUUGUAAAGAGAAUAAUGACAUUUUGAAGACUUUAUUAUUUGUAUAAAAAUUUGACUAAAAUAAUUGGAAAAGCAUUGGAAUAAAAGCUGUAAAAUUGUAGCGGAAAAAAGUAAAAACAAAAUUGUGAAAUGAACGUAAAGGAUCCAGAUCAAAGUAAUACCGAAUGGGAAAAGUGUGUGCGUCAUGUGGUAGAUAAAUUUCAGAGAGAAACAGCAGCAACGUUUAUGCAAUUUUGCCGGAAGUGUGUUCAAUCUGGAUUCAGCAUCGAUGGCGAUGCGUUCAUCAAGUUGAUUAUGGAUAGUUUGGGCCAGACAUUUGAUCGAUUCCAUGCAAACUUUGAAAUGGACAAAGACCAGGGGGGUAAUGAAACUUUGAACGAAAACUACGAAAAAGAACUGGCUGAAUUUACUGAAGCCGCAAAGAAGUUGAUCAAGGAAAAAAUGGUGCCCAAAGAAAUGCAGAACAGCAAAAAAAUGAAGAAUAAACAACAAAUCAUUGACUUAUUGCAACGAUGUACGUCCGAUGUAUUCGGCAAAGAUGGUGGCGGAAAGCCAGUCAUCGAUGUGAAUGUUACAAAUAUAAAGAAUGAUAACAAUGACGAUGAGUCGUCGCUCGUUGUUAGUGUGGAAAUGUCAUCGAAGAGUGCAUCAUGCACGAAGACUGGACCAACAAAACUUUCUCGCCGCGCGGCCAAAAAAUGUGCCAAGAAAUCUCAGAUGACAAUUACGGCAGUGCUUGAGCAAUCGCCGGCCGGCAUGAGCCAACAGGUGACAAUAACCAAGGAUAAAUCUGGGUCACUCUCGAUUAGUGGCGUAUCAAUGAAGAAAAGUGACAAAACUCCAAUGGACAAUGGAAGUAGUACAAAAGUAAAAUCGGCCCAAAAUCGAAACACAACUGAAAAUUCGUCAAAAAUGAUGACAGAAGAAUGUCAACCGAAGAACUCCGAACAAAUCACCGAGACAAUCAAGUACCGUUGCGCACAUUGCCACGAUGUAAACCAUUGGAUUGAAUCGUUCAACGCCCCCAAAGACGUUUAUUCACAUUGGUUAUCAUAUCAUACAGAACCAGCAAAGCCGUUCCAGUAUUUUGUGAUUGAGUACGCCGCCUGCUAUCAUUGCAAUGGCAAAACAAUUGCAACCUACCACGAAUUGAUCAAACAUCACAAGGAGUGUCAUCGUGCUGAGCCAUUUGUCAUCGUUAAUCAAAAUGAUUACAAGAAAUGCGCACUGUGUCCAUAUUAUGGUUCGGGCAUCAUUGCUCACUUUCAUACUAUGCAUAGAGUGGUGUUGAAAACACUGUCUCUUCGCAAACUCCGCAGUUUCUACACUCCCCAUCAGUUGGGCGGCACAGUAUUGGAAAAACAUCUCGAGAGUAAAGUGCACAAGAAGCAAAAAUGUGGCAAUUGUAACAUAGUCUAUGAAACGGAACGUGAUCUACGAGACCACCACAGCAAAUGUCACAAAACAACCAAAAUGACUGUUAAGGAAUUUUACGAUAAUCACAGUCAUCUAGUGUGCGGUGUCUGCCAUUUAAAAGUUGAUCGGAAUUUGUAUUUGGGCCAUAUCGAAAAUCAUGUGUUCAAUUUCAAAUGUCAUCGUUGCGAUUUCACCACAAUUGACAUGAUAGAGCUCGUCAAACAUGACAACACACACGGUUUGAUCGACAGCUUCGAAUAUCGAUGCAUUCAGUUUAAGAAUCGCUUGAAACGAGAUUAUCUCAAGACUUUAGUCGUUUUUGGGAAUGGCUUGAUGCUCACAAAGCGAAAUAUGUUGAAUACAAAGUACGACGAUAGCAAGCAAUUUGACUCAUUCAUCGAUUCUUUGCUGAAAAUUAAAAAGGAACGACACAGCCAACGUGAUCUGAAAUAAAAAAAAAAAAACAAUGCAUCAGGCUUUCAAUACCAAACUUGAUCCAAUCUCAUUUAUCAAUAAAACAAAAAUUAAUUUUAGCUCCGAAAUAAGCGCAAAUUUGAAGUGCACCAAAUUCCCAUUGGAAUAUUUUCAUUUUGAAGCCUAUUUUCCUUGAUUGUUUGUACUGAUACUUUUCAAAAUGAAAAAAAAUAAACACAAAUGGAUUUAAUAAUUGUCCUAAUCAUGA